GCGCAUGGGGAAGGUGAGGGGGCUGCGGGCCCGCGUGCACCAGGCGGCGGUGAGGCCGGCAGGGCAGGCCCUGUGCGGCCCCGCGGCCCCGGCCCGGGAGGCGGCCCCUGCGCAGGCGGCGGCCGGCGGGCUCGGCGCGAAGGAAUGGGCUUUCACAAGCACCGAUAUUUUCGCCGGGACGAAGAUAGACCCCAGCGCCUUGGUGCAGAAGCUGGACCCGGACGCGAGGAGUGUUGCUUCCAUCAGGAGAGGUGUGGAGCCCAGGGUGGUUUUACCCAAGAAGGAGAAGCUGAAGCUGCGGCGUGAGAGGUGGCUGCAGAAAAUCGAAGCCAUUAAGCUGGCGGAGCGGCAGCGCAAGGCGGAGCAGAGACGGAGGGCCGCAGUGGUGGUGGGGGACCUGCAGCCCCUGAGAGACGCCCUCCCUGAGCUGCUGGAGCUGGAGGCGGGUGCGCGGCAGCCCCAUGCCCGAGGCAGGGUGAGCCGCAGGCCCCGGCCCGCCGAGCUGAGCCGCAUGAGCGCUGCAGAGAGGCUCCAACUCCUGGAGGAAGAAAGGGCUCGGUUUCGGGAGCUGCUGGCCAGUCCAGCCUACAGGGCCGGCCCCCUCCUGGCCAUCGGGCAACAGCUGGCCCGGCAGGUGCAGCUGGACGGCAGCAGCCAGCUCUGACGCGGCCCGGAGGCGUCCCAGGAGCUCCAGGGAUCCGCCCCUUGCCGUCCUUGUCCCGAACCUGGCCGGAGAGCCCACCGCGAAAGUGAGGGCACGGUCGCAGGUGUCGGGGUGAGGGCAGCUCCCCUGUGCUUCCCACAGUCCCUGGGCUUCCUUCCAGACUGCUCGCGGGCUGCCCGGGGUCCCUCGGCACGAUCCCCAACCCGCCUGGCUAUGUGCCUCCCCAGCUCCUCUGCAGCCCGAGAUCCUCUCCAGGCGGGUUCUGUGGGCGGCUGCUGCCCUCCCAGUGCCCAGGGGCUCCUGUCUGCUCCUCUUGGGUCAUGGCCCCCGUGCCCCUCCCCCAGCCCUUUCCCCCCGUGUCUCCCUUGAGCUCCAAGCCCGCAUCGCUCCCGACCUGUGCCUGGCAUUGAGGUGAGCAGGGCCGCCACCGUCCAGCCGUCCGGAGACGGCGCAGACCUGGUCCCGCCUGAGAGCAAGAUGGGCAUUUCCUGUCCGAAGCCCGGGGUUUGGAAGCCAGGUUGCAGGGACAGACUUCACCCCUAAGGGCCUGGCUUGUCCGGGGGGUGUGUGCGGUGUGGGGGCACCCUGUCCACGUCCCAUGGGGUCAGUGGUGCUGGUCGUGUGGCCCAGUGGCCUGGGCACCCAGGGCAGCAGCUCCAGACCCAGGGAAGCCCCAUCACCCUCGGGGCCAGGGCCGGGAUACCCAGUACCCCUUGCCUGGCUGUGGCGUGCGGGCGGGGCGUCCAAGAGCCAGGCACUCUGGGCUUUGUGGCCGAACUGGCGUGAGCUCUGGAAAUGUCAUCGAUCUCUGGUGCCACGGCUGGUGUGCCCGCUGUUCCCAGACACCGAAAAGCGUCUCCCAAGGCUCUCCAGGCAUGGGUGGCUGAAGGGAAUCCGAGCCUGUGCCCCACCCCCACUGGGCAUCCUGGACCCUUUCUAGCCACCAGAGCACACAGCGUCGCGCCUCCCAGGAACAGGACACAGAAAGGGACAGGUGUGGCCUCUGAGGCUGCGGGUGGGAGCCUGAGUCCCUUCGGCUGGAGGUCAGCACGGCCGUCUGGACACCAGCCUCUGAGCGACGAUGCUCUCUUGUCCUCAGCACGGACACCGGUUCCCCAUAAGCGAGAUGAGCUGUUUACGAUGUGUUUGUGAUCGACUCACGUUUGCAAUAAACACGUGCGGGAGAACCCGAGUGGGGCCCCGCCGCGGUCUUAA